UACUUGACAUUAAAAAAUAAAGGGUUUUAAUUUAAUUUUAAUUUUUUUGGGUGUUUUCUGAAAUUGUCGGAAUAAUGGAGGUGGUGGAGGUUUCUCCCUCUGUCUUGGAUCCGAACCUGGACGAAGAGAAGGUUCGGAUCCGAAACGAGAAUGUGGAUCGGGUUAGGGUGAAGAGGAAAACCCUUGAAGCCGUUCUGGAACAGUGUCAAAGAGCCCUUCAACUGUUAAACGACGCUUCAUCUUCUUGUAAUUCCGAUGAUGAACAACAACACGAUUCUGAUUGCGAUACACCUGGUGCUAUAACACCUGCCGAUCCUGAAACCGAUCAGUUAUGUGACUUACUCAAAUCUAGAGUCGAAGGCCCUGACUUCCUUGAAAAGUUAGAGUUGGCCCAGGCGACAGUUUCACAGAAUGCAGCUUUUGAAGAAUGUAGUUCUUGGGAUUUGGUUAGUGAAAAUGAUCUUUGGGAUGGUGAAGAUGUUGAUUCAGACCAAGAUGAUUACGUUCUUGUUAGACAAGAAGACAUAGUGGAGGGUAUUGCUUGCUUCAUGGCUGCAUAUUUGUUAUCCCUUAAGCAGACUAAAGAUUUGACUCCUAAUCAACUCCAGGAAGCACUCUGCAAGACAUUUUCGGUAAAACAGAAAAAGGGAAAGCUUCGAAAAGCAUGGGAUGGUAGCAAAGUCAUCUAUAAUGUUGCAUCAUGGGGGGCUACAGCCAUUGGGAUAUAUCAAAACCCUGUUAUUGUUAAGGUUGCUACUAAAGCUUUCUGGACUUCUUGCCAAGUCAUAUCAAAGCUCCUCUGAAAUUGUGAAAUGCAGCUUGGGGAAAGGUUGUGAUAUAGUAGUUUUAGCAUUUGUACACUGGCCUGUCCUUGCAAUUCGGAUUGGAUUGGUUUUCUGCGCUGUUUGAUGUAAAUUUGGAAUUCAAUGUGUUUGCAUCACUGAUCAAUCGAUCUUACCGUAGUUUGAUCUUGUAAAUAUCUCCAUUGUAAUGUUCCUGAGUGCAAUUCAAAUUCUUAUUCACGAACUCAAGCUUGAACAUAUUUUCCCUCCCU